AUGUGUUCAAUAGAAGCUGCUCAAAAUAAAGCGAUAACAUCCCAGUGUAGACGUCAUUAUGAUGCUGAUAGAUCAUUACGAUGUGCUGUUUUCUUCGGCAUGGAGUUGAUUCUAUUAAGUAACGUGUUCAGCGAGGAUGCAUUGCCCAGUCGACAAGUGGCCACCAAAUACGGUUCGAUAGUCGGCAAACGACUCAUAUCCGAAGGUGACAAACAAGUGGACGCAUUCCUUGGUGUUCCGUUCGCAAAACCUCCAAUUGGCGAGUUGAGAUUCGCGGUACACUAG